AUGGCACAGGUAGAGGAGUCUCAGACCGAAGGAGAGGGCAGCCCCCAGUUGAUCUCCUUGAGGUCAGACGCAUCGGGGAACCAUGUGGACGAUGGAGAAGUGGGACCCUCUGUCAGGAGGAAGAGGAGGAAGAAGAGAGACAUGCGUCCAGAGUCCAUCAUUGUGUACCGCUCAGACAUGGAGACGGUGCCUGGAGAGGACCCAGGCAGCGAGGAGGGAGCAGAGAGGAGCGCAGAGGAGGGAGCUAAAUUCCUCUGCACGCCCACGAGUGAUGGUGGAGGCUGGAGCCUUCCUCCAGACAGCCGUUACGUGACCCUGACAGGCACCAUCACCCGGGGCAAGAAGAAGGGUCAGGUGGUGGACAUACAUGUCACUUUGACAGAGAAGGAACUCAGGGAUCUGAACAAGUCGAAGGAACGCCUCGAUGCAGAGUGUGAGGCCGGGGAAGGCUCCAAAUGCAACUGCAGCUUAAGUGUGUGUCAGGGACCCCACGUUGUGCUGUGGAGCCUCUCCUGCGCCCCUGUGGUUUUCCUCCUCUCCUUCAUCACCUCCUUCUACUACGGCACGCUCACCUGGUACAACGUAUUCCUGGUGUACAACGAGGAGCGGACAUUCUGGCACAAGAUCACGAUAUGCCCCUUCCUCAUCAUCUUCUACCCCAUGCUCAUCAUGCCUGUGGCGUUGUCUCUGGCUCUCUACUCCGCCGUGGUACAGGUGUCCUGGGCCUUCAGCGAGUGGUGGCAGGUGGUGCGAGACUUUGAGAAGGGCUUCUGCGGCUGGGCCUGUGGGAAGCUGGGACUGGAGGACUGCUCCCCCUACAGCAUAGUGGAGCUGCUCGACUCUGACACAGUUUCGGGCACCCUGCAGAGCAAGGCCCCCAGUGAACACGCCCAGACAUCAUCAGUGUGAAACAGGGCGACGCUGAGGUCCAAGGCGCAUAGGGAGGAUGGCGUCAAAGUUGCAGGUGCUUUGACUAAUUUGACUGAAAUUCAACACGCGAGUUUGGUUCAGAAACGAAGGACAAACAAGUGCCGGAAAUUUUAAACUACUCAAAGAAAUAAGAGCUUUCAGGCUAAUUUCUGUCAAUGGAAGCAGUUUGAUGAUCAUCCUCUCAAGUUCAACCUUCUUGACUUAUUGAGAUUUUGCUGAAAGCUCCUGAAGAAACAAAUUCCAUUGAACUUCUUGUCAAAAGAACAGGAAAGUAUUUUUAGCAACUCCACUGUGGUUUAAAGUGGAAGUUAUUAUUUAUUGAACACUGCCUGAACUGUCCUCAAGGGCCGAACUAUUGUUACAGAAACUGUUGUUAAAUCAAUAAGCUCUGAGCGUGGGAGUGGUUAUCAUUGGGGGUUUUUACGGACAUGUAAUGGUCACAGCUCCCUCAGAUCACUAAUUAACCU